CGUUGACGUCAGCGUCCUCUUCCGCCGUCGCUGCCGCCGCCAUCGUAGGCGCGACUCGUCCUCUCAUAACCGGGGCCGGAGAAUCCACCGCCAUCCGUCAAGAUGGUGAACUUCACAGUAGAUCAGAUCCGGGCCAUCAUGGACAAAAAGGCCAACAUUCGAAAUAUGUCCGUCAUCGCCCAUGUGGAUCACGGCAAGUCCACCCUGACCGAUUCCCUGGUUUGUAAAGCUGGUAUUAUUGCCUCUGCCCGUGCUGGUGAGACCCGUUUCACAGACACGAGAAAAGAUGAGCAAGAAAGAUGCAUCACUAUCAAGUCCACUGCCAUCUCUCUCUUCUACGAGCUGUCUGAGAAUGACUUGAACUUCAUCAAACAGAGCAAAGAUGGUUCUGGUUUCCUCAUUAAUCUCAUCGACUCUCCUGGGCACGUGGACUUUUCAUCAGAAGUGACAGCUGCUCUCCGUGUUACCGACGGUGCUUUGGUUGUUGUCGACUGCGUAUCUGGGGUCUGUGUGCAGACCGAAACUGUGUUGCGCCAGGCCAUUGCUGAGAGAAUCAAACCUGUCCUGAUGAUGAACAAAAUGGACCGUGCCCUGCUUGAGCUUCAGCUGGAGCCUGAAGAGCUGUAUCAGACAUUCCAGCGAAUUGUGGAGAAUGUGAAUGUCAUCAUCUCCACCUAUGGAGAAGGGGAGAGUGGCCCAAUGGGCAACAUCAUGAUUGAUCCAGUCCUUGGUACCGUUGGAUUUGGUUCUGGCUUGCACGGCUGGGCCUUUACACUGAAGCAGUUUGCGGAGAUGUACGUGGCCAAGUUUGCUGCCAAAGGUGAAGGUCAACUGGGACCUGCUGAGCGGGCCAAGAAAGUGGAGGAUAUGAUGAAGAAGCUUUGGGGUGACAGGUAUUUUGAUCCUGCUAAUGGCAAAUUCAGCAAGUCCGCUACCAGCCCAGAUGGAAAGAAACUACCUAGAACUUUUUGCCAACUCAUUUUGGACCCCAUCUUCAAGGUGUUUGAUGCAAUCAUGAACUUCAAGAAGGAGGAGACAGCUAAACUGAUUGAGAAAUUGGACAUCAAGUUGGACAGUGAAGAUAAGGACAAGGAGGGCAAACCCCUUCUGAAAGCUGUGAUGAGGCGUUGGCUGCCUGCUGGAGAUGCUCUGCUGCAGAUGAUCACCAUCCAUCUCCCUUCCCCUGUGACCGCUCAGAAAUAUCGUUGUGAACUUCUGUAUGAGGGUCCCCCUGAUGAUGAAGCUGCUAUGGGUAUUAAGAGCUGUGAUCCAAAAGGCCCCUUGAUGAUGUACAUCUCCAAAAUGGUGCCCACAUCCGACAAGGGUCGCUUCUAUGCUUUUGGCCGUGUCUUUUCUGGUCUUGUGUCCACUGGCCUGAAAGUCAGGAUCAUGGGACCUAACUACACUCCCGGGAAGAAGGAAGAUCUGUAUUUGAAACCAAUCCAAAGGACGAUUCUGAUGAUGGGCCGUUACGUGGAGCCCAUUGAGGAUGUGCCUUGUGGCAACAUUGUUGGCCUGGUGGGCGUUGACCAGUUUCUGGUGAAGACUGGCACCAUCACUACCUUUGAACAUGCCCAUAACAUGAGGGUGAUGAAGUUUAGCGUUAGCCCUGUGGUGAGAGUAGCUGUCGAAGCCAAGAACCCAGCUGACCUGCCCAAACUCGUGGAGGGACUGAAACGCUUGGCCAAGUCCGACCCUAUGGUCCAGUGCAUCAUUGAAGAGUCUGGAGAGCACAUUAUUGCUGGUGCAGGGGAACUGCAUCUGGAAAUCUGCCUCAAGGAUCUGGAGGAGGACCAUGCAUGCAUUCCCAUCAAGAAAUCAGACCCUGUUGUCUCCUAUCGAGAGACAGUAAGUGAAGAAUCAAACGUGCUUUGCCUCUCCAAAUCGCCCAAUAAGCACAACCGGCUGUAUAUGAAGGCCCGGCCCUUCCCCGACGGCCUGGCCGAGGACAUCGACAAAGGCGAAGUCUCAGCUCGCCAGGAGCUCAAGACCCGGGCUCGUUACCUGGCUGAGAAAUACGAGUGGGAUGUGACCGAGGCCCGUAAGAUCUGGUGCUUUGGCCCCGAUGGUACCGGUCCCAAUGUUCUAACAGAUAUCACCAAGGGAGUGCAGUACCUCAAUGAGAUCAAGGAUAGCGUGGUGGCUGGAUUCCAAUGGGCUACCAAGGAGGGAGCACUGUGUGAGGAGAAUAUGCGUGCUGUGCGUUUUGAUGUGCAUGAUGUGACCCUGCACGCCGAUGCUAUUCAUCGUGGAGGUGGUCAGAUCAUCCCCACUGCUAGGAGAUGCCUUUAUGCUUGCGUGCUGACCGCUCAGCCCCGGCUCAUGGAACCCAUCUACCUGGUGGAAAUUCAGUGUCCUGAACAAGUGGUUGGAGGCAUCUAUGGUGUCCUGAACAGGAAGCGUGGCCAUGUCUUUGAGGAGUCCCAGGUUGCUGGCACCCCGAUGUUUGUGGUGAAGGCCUACCUGCCUGUCAAUGAGUCCUUUGGAUUUACAGCCGACCUGAGGUCCAACACUGGUGGCCAAGCCUUCCCCCAGUGUGUGUUUGACCAUUGGCAGAUCCUGCCUGGAGACCCCUUCGACAACACUAGCCGUCCCUGUCAGGUUGUGGCAGAGACCCGUAAGCGCAAAGGGCUGAAGGAAGGCAUCCCGGCCCUGGAUAACUUCCUGGACAAAUUGUAAAGCUUCAUUCCAACACCAGAUCAAAUUCCUGUUGUUGGACUCUUAGUGUAACACCAGUAAAACAAGCAAACUUUAACUGCAGUGACAUCUCUUUGCAUUAUACUUAAUCAGUUUCAUAGCAACUUGAGACUUUCCAAACCCAUUGAUCUUCAGCCUUAUAGGUUUCUGUGUUCCACAUGACACAUUUGGGGCCUACAUGGUGCCAUAACAUAGUACACUUCCACUCAGAGCAACUCAAGUUGCCAAUUUCCAUAUUUAUUCAAGAUGUCAGAAGCAGAAAAAGAUGCUCUUCUAGGGGAAAUUUUGGCUGGGGUGGGUCGAAGCACCUAACAACACUCUCGAUCGAGGUGGGCCGGAAACCAAAAGGCAGGAAACUCUUGUGCGGUGUGACUUGUCAUGAACAUCUCCUGAUGUAUUAGUGCCAUCAGAAUAAAUUUGAUAUGGUGAAUGAAUAGCAA